AUGGCGCUGAAUGAGGGAAAAGACAUACUCGCCAUACUCCAGGGCCAGGAAGUUCGAAUCCCGGACAUCGAAAAGCUUGUUUCAGAGUGGGAUUUGCAAACCAACCCUAACGAGGAUCAGGUGAAGAAAGUGGUGGAUGACAUCCUUGCAACAUACACGGUGUCGACACGGGUUAAUGCGAAGCUUACUAAGAACAAGCUGAGCAGAUACGUCUCAACUUGCUAUCCAUUUGCUGAUCGGGAGACCUUGGCCGAGCUCACGUACUUUGUCUGCUGGAUGUUCUUGGUCGAUGAUGAAAUAGAUCACAUCGUGGCUCCGGGUCAAAACCAGGAGGAAAGACUUAGUAAUUUAUGGUCCGAAGUCUUGCACCUCGUCGAGAGCAGUUGCUCUAUUACAGGUGUCAUAAACGGAGAAGAAGGGACAAAUAAGAAGCCUCUCGAAGCCUUCCGCGUUUUCGGCAAGAGCAUGCGACAUAAAUAUACCAUCGCGCAAUCCGGCCGCUACUGGGCCGAACUCGUUGCUACUUCGCGCGGCUAUAAGAUCGAGCAACAAAUUCGAGAUCUCGAAGAGCUUCCAGACUACGCCUCCUACUGCAAGUACAGGUACGGAAGAUAUUGCAUGGGACAGGUCGUUGCUCUGAUGGAGUAA